AUGCAAGCCCUGUGUUGGUCAGCUUUCAGACCAUUUAUCCGUCCAUUGAAGUCGUUGUACCGAUCGAUGAAGAAAGUGGUGGACAACAAGCCGGGAGUCGUCGCGAAGUCGAGUGUUGUGUUGGAUGUGAAGCCAUGGGAUGACGAGACGGAUAUGAAGGAACUGGAGGCGAAUGUGAGGAAAUGGACGGACUCGUCUAAGUUCGUUCCGUUGGCGUACGGCAUACAGAAGCUGCAAAUCGUGAUUGUCAUCGAAGACGAUAAGGUGUCGGUCGAGGAGUUGACUGAAAAGCUGAAAGCGCUCGAAGACUUCGUUCAGAGCGUAGACAUCGCGGCGUUUAAUAAGAUUUAAUUGUUUUUUGACGGCUUUUAUCGAUUUAAUGUUUAUGCGAUUUAUUACAAUAUAUGCAUUAAUAAUGAAAAUAAACGACAAAUGAAUUUGUUUUAAA